CCAUUUUUCCACAUAUUCGGAUUGAAUGUCCUUCUCAACACUGCUCUUUCGCUAGGCGCCACCGUUGCAGUCAUUCCAAAGUUCGAUAUAACACUCUUUUGCACAACCAUCCAAAAAUACAAAGUCAAUAUAGCUCACAUCGUCCCGCCUGUAGUCGUAUUGUUAACGAGAAGUCCAGUCGCAAGGACCUGUGACUAUUCGAGUAUGCAAGUAUUCAUAAGCGGCGCCGCACCUUUGAGUAAGACCUUGACUAAUGAGUGCUCUUCUAUCUGUAAUGUGCCUAUAAAGCAAGGAUAUGGUUUGACCGAGACAUCACCGAUUACUCAUCUUGGUAGCACCGCGGAUCCAGUCUUUGGUUCAAUUGGAAAACUUUUGCCGAACAUUGAGGCAAAGAUUGUAUCCGAAGAUGGCAAAGAGCUCGGAUAUAACGAGCCCGGAGAAUUGUGUCUUCGUGGACCAAAUAUCACGAAAGGUUAUUGGAACAACAAGGAGGCAACAGAUGCGUGUUUCGACAGCGAAGGAUUCUUUCACACUGGCGAUGUUGCGAUCGUUGCAA